UAUUCGUUCAAUUUCAAUAACUGCCUAUCCUCCAGGCAGCCAACCAUCAAAUCAGCUGAGACUAAGUACAAUAUUACAGGGCUAGUCAUUCUUUCUCAGCCCAAACUACUUCAUGCGAUUGUUGUUGUGGGGGAAAUAGAAGAGAAGAGAAAAUGGAUAGAAACGGGACAUCAGCCGAGAAAAAAAUAAUGCAUGUCAAUGCAACCAAGAAAUACAAAACCAGAUUUUCAAGGCCUGGCAAAAGGGCGGCAGGAUUGGGGCCAUCCUAAUCUCCCAAGGGAGAAGGUUCCCCGAGGGCAGAGACCUCGUGCACACAGAUAGAUUCACAGUUACAUGAAGCAGCUAUGUCGCUUUUUCCCUAACUGCCCUCAUUCAUGGCUGCCCCGUCACUUCUGCCGCCGCCGCUGCUAUUCUCACGUUGUCCGCCUAUUCUUAUCCGGAGAGACACGCCCUUCGCGUACGAAUUCACGGAGUCAGGGACUGGAAGAAAGUCUCUCCGCUGAUCCUUCGGAGCGCCGCCGGGCAGCUGCGAGCAGAAAAGAGCGGCUGCCCGGUCCCCCCUUCCUAGCUGCCAGUCAGAGGGCGCCGCCGGAAAACAAGGCCGGCCUUGCCCGCCCUUCCUUCAUGUCGCCACCGCCGCCGCAACCGCCGGUCUUCUUCGAGCGGGAGCUGCCCCGGCGGGACGGCUCCGGGAUCCUCCGGCUGACGCAGCGUUCGGCCGGCGGGACGGGCUCGGUGGUGUGGGACGCCGCGCUGGUGCUGGCCCGCUUCCUGGAGAAGAGCGCGGCGCAAACAGGGCAAGGCACGGAGCAGAGCGGCGGAAGCCCGGUGGGCCUUCUCCGCCACAAGGCCGCGCUCGAAUUGGGAGCCGGCACCGGCCUCGUCGGCCUCGUGGCCGCCAGCCUCGGAGCAAACGUUACUGUUACUGAUCUGGAGGAAGUUCAGGAUUUAUUAAAAGUGAACAUUGAGAAUAAUCAACAUCUAGUGUCAGGUUCUAUUCAAGCCAAGGUACUGAAAUGGGGGGAGGAUGUGACAGAUUUUCUUCCUGCGCCUGAUUUCAUAUUGAUGGCAGAUUGCAUCUACUACGAAGAGUCAUUGGAACCAUUGGUUAAGACCCUGAGGGACUUGGCUGGCUUGGAUACUUUCAUCCUUUGCUGUUACGAAGAAAGGACUGUGGGACAAAACCCAGAAGUAGAGAAAAAGUACUUUGAGCUUCUUCAAAGGGACUUUGAGUUGCAGAAGGUUCCCUUGGGUGAACAUGAUGAAGAAUAUCGGAGUGAAGACAUUCAUAUCUUUAUCAUGCAAAAGAAAAAAAUGUUCCAGGUCACACUGAGACCAGAAGAUGAAAAAGUUAAAGCAUAAAGUCAAGUUCAGCUCCAGAAUACAUUAAUGUAGUGUUCUUGGCAACAAUAUGGAAAUGAUUUGCCACACAAGGUUCUUCCAUUUCUCAACCACUCCUACCGCACAGGUAUUCCUUGAAGGUCUUCAUGCAAGACGUUGGCAGUACACAAACAAAAAAAAAUAACCUGACUCUUUUCUGCUCCAAAGCUAAAGGCAGCCAGGUACUGCCUGCCACUGCUGAGAACCUGCAACGCAGGGCGUGAGAAUUAACUUAUUUUUGGGAUAGCCAACUUCUCCAAAGCCAGAAGGAGGCAGUAUAAGAUAGGAGACUUACUCUAGCCUUCUCUCAGACUAGCACAUAAAUUUUCCAGAGAAAUGUGUAUAUCCAGUGCUUUACAACGGUUUAUAGUUCACAUCUACCACAAUAAAUUACAUGCUCAAUAGCAUUCUAGCAAUUGUGUUGUAGCUGUCAACAGUGUUCACAAUCACAAGACAGCGGGCAAAGAAGGAAUAAGUAUUAAAACUACUUGUGGUGAUUGUGGUGUAAGGAUCUUUUUCAGAGCCAUUGUCAGAGCUGUUUCUGUAUUUUAGUUUUUUGUUUUUUUAGAUAGUCUUCUAUACAUAAAACCUGAAUCCACAAAUUGUAUUAAGCUAUGGUUUGUUAAACGAGAGUGUCCUAGCUGGCAUAUCUAAAGACAUAAAACACUUCAAAAAAGAUAAUAGUUGCCAAGUUCAACAAAGCCAAUUUGGUUUAAUGAUUCAGACAUCAGGCUAGAAACUGGGAAACUGAUUUUAGUCCUGCUUUAGGUCCAAAUGCAGCUGGAUGACCUUGGACCAUCACUCUCUCUCAGCCCUAGGAAGAAAGAGGCAAGGACAAGCUGCUUCUAAACUCUUAUCAAGAAAACUGCAGAGACUAGUCCAGGCAGCCACCUGGACUCAACACUCACACAAAGGGGAGGGGGGGAGCCAUGAAUCAUAGUUUAUGAAACACAAUAGUUGCCAAGUUCAAGACAGCUAGAAAAUAAAAAUAAAAAACAUUGCGCAAACUUGUUACAGUUCUGCAGAAGUGAUUACGACAACAUAGGGACUGAUGAAGAUAGACCUAUUAAAAUUCAUAAAGUAAUAUGACUAGAAUCAUACUAAACUAUAAUGUAGAUAAGAUAUAGAUCUGAUCAGAGUAAAUUAAAGGAGUGAAAUAUGAAUUACAUUUUAUUUAGGUUUUGCCCUUUUCACCACUUUGUUAUGUAUGGACUUAUUAUUGCCUUUUAUUUUGCAUUUUGAUAUUGCCUCACAGCCAAUCAAAUAAUAAUCCCCCAGCGAGGCACUACCUUGAUGUGGUUAUGGGGCUACAAGGAAAAUAAUAACUACUUCAGAAGUUCAAUCAUAAUGGACAUGUCUCACCAGAGAAGUCAGAUGAAGAGUGUGUCUGCAAUAAAUAAUAUGAUGGGAUAUAACUUACAGAAACUAUAUACUGGAUCAGUCACCAUCAAGUCAACAAGGACCGUGCAAAGCGUUGGAGUUCCUGGAAAUUGGUGACAAUUUGGCUAAACAGCUCAGGCCUAUUGGCUAAGUAAACAGGGCCCGCAGCUGCAGAACUACUGGAAGAAAAGUUACCUACCUGUCCCAGAGUAUACAAACACUGAAAACAAAGAAAUAAUAAUCUGAUAUUCCAAAUCAGGUCCAGUGAGAAGAGGCUAUCUGCAAAGAAUAUGCCAGUUUUGAAAGGAAAAUCCAAAAUCAGGAAUAAUAGAAAAAAUCUAGCAGAUCAACCUCGAUUUAUAAUAUGAAAUAAAUUCACAGUAUUUACAGAAGCAGAAUUGAAAGAAUUGCAAGGGUCUACCCAGGUCAAAGAAAUCAAAGCCUUGCCAGAAGUCCUCAUAAUAUUUUCACUUAGCACUUUGUGUUUUUCAACUUUUUCUCAAGCAAUUAAUUCAAAGGACACCAUAUUGAAGAACUCUGGUCUAAAAUGUGUUGAUUCUCACUUGGAAUCCUUCCACUGUUAGAGAGCUGAUCCAGGGAAACAUAUUCCCAGGAAUUCAGGACUGAUGUCACAAAAGACAAGAGAGCUUUUUCAAGCUUGACUGCUGUCCUGGUGGACACAAGGAUUUUAAACCAGUUUGAGUAUAUUCUUGCAGCUCUUUGUUCCUGCUAAAUUGAAAAAUCAAAGAACAUACGGUAUGUGAUGGGUUGACAAUCCUGUUGGCAGAUUUAUAUCUCCCAUUACCCCUUCUUGUGCUAUCUAUAAUUAGAUUAUUGUAGCACCUUAAAUAAUUAUUCUCUUGUGAACUGGACAGUUUGUGUGACCUUUUUAAUAUAAAAUGUGCUUGGUUUCAAGGAGCUACAAGAAUUGUUACUGUUUUUCUUGCACAGAGUUAAACACAACCAUCUGGAAAUAAGUCAAGUCUGCUGGGUUUAAGACUGAUUUUUAAAAUGUCUGCCACACUUUGGUGUCAAAAGCCUCUCCAUUCUUAUACUCUUGGUGAGGCACAAGAUAAAUUUAGUUCUUAACAGAGGGCAAUUUUUCAAUAUUGUGGGUAAAUCAUACAGGAAGUCCUUGACUUAUAACCACAACUGAGCCCAAAAUUUCCACUGCUAAGCAAUGCAGUUGCUGAGUGAGUUUUGCUCCAUUUUAUGAUCUUUUCUAACAGUUGCUAAGUGAAUCAUGUGGUGGUUAAAUAAAUCUGGAUUUCCCCAUUGACUUUGCUUGUCAGAAAUCAGCUGAGAAGGUUACAAAUGAUUGCCACAUGGCCCCAGGACAAUGCAAUAAACAUACCAUUUGUCUAGCACCUAAAUUUUGAUCAUGUGAGCAUGGGAAUGUUGCAAUGGUCAUAAGCAUGAAAAAUGGUCAUAAGUCUCUUUUUCACUGCCAUUGUAAUUUUGAACGGUCACUAAAUAAAUGGUUGUAAGUCGA